AAAAGAGCACCCCUUGCACGCUCUCUCAUGCCCUCCACGUGUCCUAUCUUAUCCACUUCUCUCCCUUUACGAAUCUCUUACAUCCGUUCCUACUGUAACCCCUCUAAUCCCACUCCCCAAACAUUCACAGCUGUCCCCAGGAUACCCUCUCACCCUGAAAAGUACAAAAAUCUAACUUUUACGCCGCAGACGAUAAUCUCCCUUCCUCUAUCCAGAAGAGCUAAAUAGUGGAGUGUUUCUUUUGCCCACUUCAUUACCAAAGCCGAAAUCUUCUCUGAGAAAUUCCCCGUUUUUCAUGGCGACCACUCUCACAUGCUCUCUCUCAAGCCCCAUCCAGGCCUCCUCCGGGUCUUUUGGAAAACCCGACCCAAAUCGUAGAAAACCUGUUUCUUCCUCGUCCUGGUGGGCCCCUGUCUUCGGGUGGUCCUCCAAUCCCGAGUACCUCAACGAUAGCAAUGCCGGCGACCCUUCGGAGAGCAAACCAGAUGUUUCCGAUCCGGGGCUAUCCAGAUCCAGAUACACGCUCGGGUGCUUCACCGAGGAGAAAGCAAAGCAACUUCGAAGGAAGACGAUGGAGAACGCGGCGUUUCACGAUAUAAUGUACCACUCGUCGAUCGCGUCUCGUCUGGCUUCCGAUAUAUCGGGUUGGCCCGAGAAGUGAUUGAAAGCCUACUAAGUAUCGGGUAAGGGUAAAGCAAUAAUUUGUCGAGAUGAAAUCUAUGUAUAACUCCUACGCUGUGGCUUUUUUAAUGUCGUUGGAAUUCUGGGUAAUGUUUGGGUGCAGGCAGUUAAUUUUGGUUUGUAAUAGUGAUUUUAGACCGUUGGAUUAUUGAUGGUUGGUGAUGCAUUGUCUGUUAGGCCUUUUUA